UAAAUCCUCUUCCACCCUUCUCCACUCUUUUCCAUCAUCCCCCCAUCACCAACUUUCUUCUCCGAGCAAAAGAAAUCUCUAGCCAAAACGCACCCCAUGAACCCUAAUCUUUCUACUUGUUACAAUAAUCUAACCAAAGAAGAAAUCUCCAAGCUUGAGUCCAUCAUCCAAACCCACCAUACGUUUCCUCCAGCCUCAAACACAUGCACAUCUUUGAUAACACAACGUAUAAACGCUCCCUUAAGCUUCAUAUGGCCAUUUGUACGCGAUUUCGAAAACCCUAAUAAGUACAAGCACUUCAUUAAGAGUUGCACAAUGAAAGGAGAUGGGGGAGUUGGAAGCAUGAGAGAUGUCACAGUUAUAUCAGGCUUACCGGCGUCGACAAGCACGGAAAUACUGGAGGUAUUAGACGAUGAUGACCAUGUUUUGAGCUUUCGGCUUGUGGGAGGAGAUCAUAGGCUGAAUAACUAUAGGGCAGUGACAUCGGUUAAUGAGUUUAACCAAGGAGGGAAGGCUUACAGCAUGGUUUUGGAGUCCUAUACGGUGGAGAUACCCCAAGGGAACACUGAAGAGGACACUAAGAUGUUUGUGGAUACUGUUGUGAAGUUGAACUUGCAAAAGCUUGCAGACGUCGCCAUGGCAGCUUUACAAGGACAUGAAACAAAGGUUGUUUGAGCCAGCAGCUGUGUCAGUGGAGAUGAUGAUAGUGACGAAAUUCGAAUAACGCACGUGGCAUUAUUGAUAACGAAAAUUUUUAUAUAAAACAACUAUGCUAUUGAGAAUA